AAAAAGCCCAUAAACAGCCCAACGAGGGAAGGCAAGACACAACAACAAAAGAGAGAUUUGUUAUUCCAUUCUUUCUCAUCAUCGCCGGUGAAAAAAAGGAUGUACGUGAGGGCGCUUCCGACGACGGAUGUGAAUAGGAACACGGAGUGGUUCACGUAUCCAGGCGUAUGGACGACAUACAUACUCAUACUCUUCUUCUCAUGGCUCCUCGUUCUCUCCCUCUUCCACUGCUCCCCUGGCAUCGCCUGGACCAUCGUACACCUCGCCCAUUUCACCGUGACGUAUCAUUCGUUCCACUGGAAGAAGGGAACACCGUUUGGGGAUGAUCAAGGAAUCUACAACAGGUUGACUUGGUGGGAACAGAUUGACAACGGCAAACAGCUCACUCGCAACCGCAAGUUCCUCACUGUUGUCCCCAUUGUCUUGUACUUGAUAGCUUCUCACACAACCGACUAUCAACAUCCGAUGUUGUUCCUCAACACAUUGGCCGUAUUUGUAAUGGUGGUUGCCAAAUUUCCGCACAUGCACAAGGUCCGCAUAUUUGGAAUCAAUGGAGACCAAUGAAGGAGAAGCCUUCUUGACAAAUGACAAGACAAAGGGUAUGUGUAUAAUGCGAGACAAGUAGAUUUUGGAUGCUGGAAAAUGCCAUUGUCACUCACAUAGUCAUUCAAUCCCCCCCCCAACCCCAGAGCUUAUGUGUUACUCUCAUCCCAUCGCAUAUAUACUGUUUCUUUGGGGCUUCUUCUAAUCAAAUUUCAUUUUUCUUUUUGUUUUAUUUGGUGGUCUCUCAGUUUCUUAUUUGGUGAUUAGUUUGGGUAAGAAAGGGUCUUUGGAAUGUAUGCAACUCGUCUGAUUAUUUUAAAAAAAGAUUAUUCAUUAUCAAGAUUGGAAUCGAAAGAUUGCUUUUAUUUAUAAAUAACGAUUUUACUUAUGCAUGUAGUGUUUUGUAUCUAUUUGUCUAAUGUGAA